AUGGGUGCACUGGUCAAACCAGCGCUGCUGCUACUUUUAUGGCAGAGUGUUUGGUCUUUGGACAUCCCUUUGGAAGUCAGACAACCCCCAACCAUCAUAAAGCAGUCACUAAAGGAACAUAUUGUUGACCCAAAAGACACUAUGGUCAUAGAAUGUGAAGCAAUAGGAAACCCACACCCGAUUUUCUCAUGGAGGCGCAAUGGGAAGUAUUUCAACGUUGCACGUGACUCGCAGGUAUCAAUGCGCAGGCGAUCAGGGACGCUGGACAUCUCUGCCUGGAACAAACCAGAACAGUAUGAGGCAGAAUAUCAGUGCAUUGCCUCCAACCAGUACGGAUCUGCAUACUCCAAUAAGAUCAGACUACAACUGUACAGAGCUCCAGUGUGGCCGAGGGAGAUUAUAGAGCCUGUGGUGGUCAGCGCCGGUUUGCCUCUGGUACUGUCCUGUGACCCUCCGCCUGGGCCGCCUAAACCUGAAACCUACUGGAUGUCAAGCUGCUCAUAUGCAAGGCCUUUUAACUGGCCAAUUCAGACAGCUUUCCCCACCAUGCAGCCUGUGCGGCAGGACCGCAGGGUAUCCAUGGGAGAAAACGGAGAUCUGUACUUCUCUAACGUCCUGGUCAACGACUCUGCUGCUGAUUACUGCUGCAAUGCCCGCUUCCCAUAUAGGAACGUCAUCCAGCAGAAGAUGCCUGUGGUUGUUAAGGUGCUCACAACUCGUACAAUAGCCGAGGCUGCCCCCACCUGGCUGUCUCCCAAAGGCUCGUCCAGCUCCAAACUGGUCCUGCAAGGGGAGGAGCUGCUCCUGGAGUGCAUCGCUGCAGGAAUGCCAACUCCUCGUAUUACCUGGACCAAGAAUGGGGAGAACCUGGUGGUGACGUCACGCAUGAAAGCAAAACACUUCAACAAGAUGAUUCAAAUCCCAAAGGCGUCUUUUGAAGAUGCAGGUGAAUACGUCUGCACUGCUGCCAAUAAGAUCAACUACAUCGAGCACACUAUAACCGUCAGGGUCAAAGCGGCUCCAUUCUGGUUAGAGAAGCCCGCUGAUUUAGUUUUGGCCCCUGAAGAAAAUGGACGUUUGGUAUGUCGUUCUGAUGGGGCUCCUCGUCCCACAAUUAGCUGGUUCAUCAAUGGAGAACCAAUUGAAACUGCUACACCACAGCCUAACCGACAGGUGUCAGGAGACACGCUGAACCUCCGCAGUGUUACUGCUGCAGACACCGCUAUCUACCAGUGCAAUGCUUCAAAUCAGUAUGGCUACUUAUUUGCCAAUGCAUUGGUCAAUGUGCUACAUGCAACUCCACGUAUUCUCUCACCCAGAAAUGAACUCAUGAAGGUGACAGAGGGCAGCCGCACCUUCUUGGACUGCCGCUACUUUGGUUCGCCAGUGCCUGAGCUGCGAUGGUCCAAAUAUGGACAGGGGAACCUUGAAGGAAAUCGUUUUAAAACCCACAGUAACGGGACUCUGGAGAUAAGACGCAUACAGAUCGACGACCAGGGAACUUACCUGUGUGUAGUCAGCAAUAUCGCAGGAAGAGAUGAGAUUCAAGUCCGAAUAGAGGUCAAAGAACCCACUCUGAUUGUGACAAAACCACAGAGCAUGAAAGUCAUACGUGGAAGUGAUGUUCGCUUCGAGUGUGGCGUGAAAGCAGACAUCACUACUCCUGUCACAACCACUUGGAUGAAAGAUAAAAAGACAGUUAAUAUGGGCUGGAGAUUGUCUUUGGAUGAGUCAAAUCUGGUCAUCACUAACGUAAACAGAGGUGACGAGGGCAAUUAUACAUGUCUCAUUAAGAGUGAGCUUGACCAGAAGUCUGCCUCAGCACGACUAAUGGUGAUGGACCGUCCUGAACCUCCCACAAAUUUGGAGUUGUCGGAUCCAUAUGAACGUACUGUAAGACUCACUUGGGUUCCUGGAGACAGCAACCACAGCCCUAUAACAGAGUACUUGGUGCAGUAUGAUGAUGAUGACUGGCUGCCUGGCAAGUGGAAAAACCUGUCAACAUAUCCAGGAAGCCUCAACUCUGUCAUUCUGCAUCUUAUACCUUUCACCUACUACGAAUUUCGGGUCAUCGCUAUCAGUGAAAUCGGAAUGAGUCGCCCAAGUCGUCCAUCAAUACGUUUCCAGUCCAGCGGUGCACCCCCAGAUGUCGUCCCAAAGAACUUAAAAGGAGUGGGUACAUGGAGAAAUAACAUGGAGAUCAGUUGGGAGCCUCUGAUGUACAGAGAGUGGAAUGGGCCCCACCUGAAGUAUCUAGUAUGGUGGCGACGGAGAGAUUCCCGAGAAGAGUGGAAGAACGCCACCACUAAAUGGCUAAAAUAUUACAUCUACGAUGCAGAUACUUUUACUCCUUAUGACCUAAAGGUCCAGGCUGUCAAUGAUUUUGGGCUGGGCCCAGAGUCUCCUGUUGUAACCGGUUACUCUGGGGAAGACCGUCCCUUAACUGCACCCCUGAACCUGAGAGUGUCCGACAUCGAGAGCACCCAGGUGACCGUGCACUGGGACCCAGUGGCACGCAACUCUAUUAUGGGAGAACUGAAAGAAUAUAAGGUGUACUACUGGAGGGACAGCAGUCAGCUGAGGUGGCUGAGGGUCAACAGAGCUAUGAAGUCUAAAGCAUUUCCAAAUAAUGACCCGGAUCCAUCUGGGGUCAUCACUGGGCUCUUUCCCUAUAGCAACUACAAGAUGUAUAUAGUGGUGGCAAAUAAUCGAUAUGAAGGGCCGCCCACUAAUAAUAUAUUCUUCUCAACACCUGAAGGAGUACCAUCUGUUCCUAGAUCCUUCAGGAUCCAACAGCGACAUCUGGACAGCAUUUACGUUGACUGGGACGUGCCAGCAGAGCCCAACGGAGUCAUCACCGGAUAUUCCCUCAAGUACCAAACAGUAAAUACCACCAGGGGAGAGGAGCUGCAGUCUGAGGAGUUCCCUCCAAACGUAACAAGUUUCUCAGUCCGGCGAUAUGACCGCUACACUCGAUACAGAUUCUCUGUGGCAGCACGAACUGUGAUCGGGAUAGGGGAAUGGCAUACAGAGGAGUCACCCCACUACACCACUGAAAUCUAUGCUCAGGACCAGGUGGACAUCUCCACUCAGGGCUGGUUCAUCGGUAUAAUGUGCGCUGUGGCUCUCAUCGUGCUCAUCCUACUUAUAGUCUGCUUCAUCAAGAGAAGCCGAGGGGGGAAAUACCCAGUACGGGAAAAAAAGGACAUUUCAUUAGAGCCAGUGGAUGACAAAGAUCAGGAAGGAUCAUUCGACUAUCGGUCUCUUGAAAGGAUAGCGCGUGUGUCCACUCUGCCCUACCCCCGACGGGAAGAGGAAAGAGGGCUGCAAAGAGGUCAGCCAUCAAUGGAGGCAAUGAUAAAGCAUUCAGACAGUGACGACAGUCUGGUGGACUACGGAGAAGGUGGAGAGAUACCGUUCAAUGAGGACGGCUCGUUCAUUGGCCAGUACACAGGAAACAGGAGAGAUGUCAGGGAGCUGGACUUUGGUGGAAAUCUUGAGCUCCACUCUCCAAUGAAUACCAUCUACUCCCUGGCAUAGAACUCACAAAUCAAAACUUCUUUCUUGACUUCAACUCAUUUAUCACAUGC